AAUCAAAACAAGCAAAUCAGGAAGCAUGGCCCGUGGAGCUAAGCUCCAAACAGAAGGGGCACAUCAAGCUUCGCGCAGUCUUUGACUAAGCUUAAGCAUCCUUCCUGGUCCUGGAAGAACGACGAUAAGAUCAUCGAUGGAUCCAUCAUCACAUUGAGCUAGUAGCUAGCACCAAGCCACCAAGCUCCUAGUUCCCACUCUACUCGACAACAUGGCCGUCGGUUUCGUCGCCGGCGGCGGCGAGGGCCAGCGGCACCAGUACGCCGGCCGGGUCACGGCGUUCGUGGCGCUGUCCUGCCUCACGGCGGCGGUGGGCGGCGCCAUCUUCGGCUACGACAUCGGGACAGCAGGCGGGGUUUCAUCCAUGGAUCCCUUCCUGCGGGACUUCUUCCCGGACGUGCACCACCGGAUGCAAACGAACUCAGCCAACCAUGGCGGCAGCAGCAGCAACUACUGCAAGUUCGACAGCCAGCUUCUCACGCUCUUCACCUCCUCGCUCUACAUCUCGGGGCUCCUCACAGCCGUCCUCGUCGCCUCCUGGUUCACGGAGCGGCACGGGCGGCGCCCGUCCAUGAUCCUCGGCGGCGUCGCCUACCUCUUCGGCGCGGCCGUCAGCGGCGGCGCCGCCAACGUCUCGAUGGCCAUCCUCGGCCGCGCCCUGCUCGGCGUCGGGCUCGGCUUCGCCAACCAGGCCGUGCCGCUCUACCUGUCAGAGAUGGCGCCCGCGCGGCACAGGGGCGCCUUCAGCAACGGGUUCCAGUUCAGCCUCUGCCUCGGCGCGCUCUUCGCCACGGUCGUCAACUACGGCGCCGAGAAGAUCGAGGCCGGCUGGGGCUGGCGGCUGUCUCUCUCCCUGGCCGCCUUCCCCGCCCUGCUGCUCACAGUCGGCGCCUUCUUCCUGCCCGAGACGCCCAACAGCCUCGUCCAACAAGGGAAGAAAGACAUCAGCGAGGUGAGAUCGCUGCUGCAGAGAAUCAGAGGCGUCGACGCCGUGGACGAAGAGCUGGACGACAUCGUGGCCGCGAACGACGCCAUGGCUAACGGCGACAGCAACGGGCUGCGCGUGUUCCUGACGCGGCGGCAGUACAGGCCGCAGCUGGCCAUGGCGGUGCUGAUCCCGUCCUUGACGCAGCUGACGGGGAUCAACGCCAUCGGGUUCUACCUGCCGGCGCUGCUGCGCACCAUCGGCAUGCGCGAGAGCGCCGCGCUGCUCGCAACCGUCGCCAUGGUGGUCGUCUCCUCGGCCUCCACCCUCGCCUCCAUGUUCCUGGUCGACCGCUUCGGGCGCCGCACGCUGCUGAUCGUGGGGGGCGUCCAGAUGCUCGUCUCCGAGGUGCUCAUCGGGGCAGUCAUGGCGGCCAAGCUCGGCGACCAGGGCGCGCUCAGCAGGACUUACGCGGUCGUCCUCAUCGUCCUCAUUGGUGUCUACUCCACUGGUUUCGGCUGGUCAUGGGGCCCGCUGAGCUGGCUGGUGCCGAGCGAGAUCUUCCCGCUGGAGGUGCGGUCCGCGGGGCAGAGCGUCACAGUGGCGUCCGGGUUCGUGUUCACCAUCUUCGUCGCGCAGUGCUUCCUCGCCAUGCUCUGCAGGAUGAAGGCGGGGAUCUUCUUCUUCUUCGCCGGCUGGAUCGCCGCCAUGACGGCGUUCGCCUACUUCUUCUUGCCGGAGACCAAGGGGAUACCGAUCGAGCAGAUUGGGAUGGUCUGGGGAAAGCAUUGGUUCUGGAAGCGGGUUGUGGGCGUCGAUCAUGUACAGGCUGCUGACAAGCUCUGAAACUGUUUCUCAGUAGAGAUUUCAGUAAUCAGUCCCCUCCAAGGAAUUUCAGUUAUUGUGUAGUACUCCAUUUACACGUCCCUACGUUCCAGGAGAUUAUAUUUUAGUUUUUUUAAUAUUCAAUUGUAAACAUAUUGGUAUAGAUUUGUAUUGUAAAUGAUGAUAUUUUUAUCGGAGUUUAUAAUGAGCAAACGUUCGUUCUUUAGUC